AUGGGAAAUUAUAUUGAACCUGCAAGACAAGCCAUAUUUGAUCAGUUCUACAAGAUGGAUUUAUCUGAUUUUUACAAACGUGUGUCUACAGAGGUUAAAAUUCACGCACUAUCAUUUCUUCCACUCAGAGAUUUAUCAAAUUUACUACUCAUUUCCAAACCACUGAAUCUUUCGAUAAAGAGUUCCAAUGAAAUACUAUCAAUAUGGUAUAAGGAGUUGUUUUCAAUGGCAAAGAGGAGUGAUUCUUUCAAUUUUCUUAAUCAUGAUUUCAGUAAGCUGCCACCGUCUUUGAACCAAGUGAGGAUUCCAGUUUCCUUUUGUGAAAAUUUGGAUCAUGCCAAUUAUUAUAGAUUAAAAUGGGCAGGAGGAGUUGAGAAGGAAAGAAAUGAGAAAAGGAGAGUAUCUAAUCAGUGUGUAAGAUCUUCAUCGUUUGGAAGUGUUCAUUAA